GGAGAGCAGAGGAGCGGCCAUAAGUCGGCUGGGGUGGAAGGGAAGGAGUAGGUUUGGGUUGUGUGUUAGCUAUCGACCUCGAACUUGCAGCCAUCGCCGUGCUUGGCGCGUGUUGCUCGUUGUCUUUAUCAAGCAGCCAGCCGAAGAAGGCGGAAAAUCGUCACGCAUCAGAAGAAGAGUCAGGAUGAAGACAGUGUUCCGGUCAAGCUCACCCGUGGCGGAGAUCGCGGUGCUGCUGCUCCUCGCAGUCCUCCAGCUCGCCGUCAACGUGCAUGCCGGUGCUCCUCCACCGGGAUCUGUCAAGAUCGAUGGCUUCGACUAUAACGGCGAUGGCUGUCCCGUAGGAUCUGUUCAAGGUUCCAUCUCCGGCGACAGCAAGGCGCUGACGGUGAUGUUCAGCGCCUUCACUGCCACCAUGGACGAAGGGCAACAGAACAUGCGCAAGUCCUGCGUCGUGAGCGUCAUGCUCAAUUACCCACCUGGCUUUUUCUUCACUCUCGGGACGGUGACGAUGCGCGGGUACGCCAAGCUGGACGCGGGCGUCAAGGGAACCGUGAAGACGAGCUAUUACAUUUCCGCGCUGAUAGGGUCGGGUCAAGCUACUCACGUCUUCAACGGCCAGUUCGAUGGCAACUACGAGGUGACAGACUAUUUCCUGAACGCAGUCGCAAGCGAGUGCGGCAAGAUCAGGAACCUCAACAUUAACUCAGAAGUGCGAGUGAAUCCCGAAAAACCUCCAAGGAGCAGAAUAAUCACCAUGGACUCGCAGGAUCUGAAGCUCACACAAAUCUUCGCCGUCAACUGGUCGAGUUGCUAAGGCGAGCGGAGAUAUCAAUCGACAACGGCGUAAUUAUCUGGCGAGAUAGCUCUGGUUCGAGACUCGAGAGACAGAAGUCCAUUUUGCAGCACUCCCGGUCAGCUGAGAACAAUAUAUAUCCUUCCUCGUAAUCGAGGAAGGUCUUCAAUGAACCCCUAACGACGAG